AUGGUGGGCGAUGCUGACUCAUGGUUGCAUCAGUUCAAAGUGUUGUGGUGCGUCACACUUCCUUUCUCACACACAACAUUCCCAGAAGACACACAAACCAGCAAACAGGAAGUGACCCCCUGGUCUGCUGCGCUGUCAUGGCAACAAGGAACACUGAGGGGACAGACGACAGAGGAGGAACCAGAGGAGGAACCAGAGGAGGAACCAGAGGAGGAACCAGAGGAGGAACCAGAGGAGGAACCAGAUGGGGAACCAGAGGAUGAACCAGACGAGGAACCAGAGGGGGAACCAGAGGAGGAACCAGAGGAGGAACCAGAGGAGGAAACAGAGGGGGAAACAGAGGGGGAACCAGAGGGGGAACCAGAGGAGAAACCAGAGGAGGAACCAGAGGAGGAACCAGAGGAGGAACCAGAGGAGGAACCAGAGGGGGAACCAGAGGAGGAACCAGAGGGGGAACCAGAGGGGGAACCAGAGGGGGAACCAGAUGGGGAACCAGAGGAGGAACCAGAGGAGGAACCAGAGGAGGAACCAGAGGAGGAACCAGAUGGGGAACCAGAGGAGGAACCAGAGGGGGAACCAGAGGGGGAACCAGAUGGGGAACCAGAGGAGGAACCAGAGGAGGAACCAGAGGGGGAACCAGAGGAGGAACCAGAUGGGGAACCAGAGGAGGAACCAGAGGAGGAACCAGAGGAGGAACCAGAGGAGGAACCAGAGGGGGAACCAGAGGAGGAACCAGAUGGGGAACCAGAGGAGGAACCAGAGGAGGAACCAGAGGAGGAACCAGAGGGGGAACCAGAGGAGGAACCAGAGGGGGAACCAGAGGAGGAACCAGAGGAGGAACCAGAGGGGGAACCAGAGGAGGAACCAGAGGGGGAACCAGAGGAGGAACCAGAGGAGGAGCCAGAGGGGGAACCAGAGGAGGAACCAGAGGGGGAACCCAAGGAGGAACCAGAGGAGGAACCAGAGGGGGAACCAGAGGAGGAACCAGAGGGGGAACCAGAGGAGGAACCAGAGGAGGAAACAGAGGGGGAACCAGAGGAGGAACCAGAGGAGGAACCAGAGGAGGAACCAGAGGAGGAAACAGAGGGGGAACCAGAGGAGGAACCAGAGGGGGAACCAGAGGGGGAACCAGAGGAGGAACCAGAUGGGGAACCAGAGGAGGAACCAGAGGAGGAACCAGAGGAGGAAACAAAGGAGGAACCAGAGGAGGAACCAGAGGAGGAAACAGAGGGGGAACCAGAGGAGAAACCAGAGGAGGAACCAGAGGGGGAACCAGAGGAGGAACCAGAGGAGGAACCAGAGGGGGAACCAGAGGAGGAACCAGAGGGGGAACCAGAGGAGGAACCAGAGGGGGAAAUAGAGGAGGAACCAGAGGAGGAACCAGCGAUCACGUCAACAAGGAAUACUGAAGGAACAGAGGACAGAGGGGGAACCAGAGGAGGAACCAGAGGUGGAACCAGAGGAGGAAACUCCUCUGGUGUCGUCUCAAAAAAAAGCUGUUGUUAG